UGCACUCACUGUCAACACGGAGAGGCUCCAAGAACUUGCUGCACACUUUCUCUCCCUAUUUGUCACCUUCUGUCUCGGCUCACUUGAAGACUCAGCUCCACAAGUAGCUGUUCAAGAAUGAUGCGGCCGAAAGAUUUACGCCAGGGCUCUGGCACCAAGACCUUCCUAGAUGCAAUGCACGGUGGAAAGGUUCACCUGGCACGCUUCAUCCUGGACGCCUUGGACGGACGCAUCAUCAACUCUAAGACAGAAAACAGUCGCACCCCGCUCAUGUACGCCAUCUGCCUACAAGACCCCGGGACCAGGGCCAAGUUCACUCGGCUGCUGCUGGAGAAAGGGGCCGAUGUCAACUGCCAGGAUGAGGACGGUCGCACUGCUCUGAGCCAUGCCUGUGAGAUGGGUCACCUGGACGUUGUCAAGCUUCUAGUGCAGUUCAAUGCUGACCCGGAAGUCUUUGACGCCUGGGGUAACAGCUCUCUGAUGUAUGCUGCCUUUUCUGGGCACAGCCAGGUUCUGGAGUUUCUGGUCCGGGCUUUCAAAAGACUGGGACUGAGACUGGACAGAACCAAUAAUGCUGGUCAUUCAGCCAUCGAGGUGGCCAACUUCUUUGGGCACAAUCAGUGCGUGCAGAUUCUGAACUUUCCUUGCAGGAGAGGUGUUAGCACAGAUGAUCCACUUGCUGAUGCGGGUACCAUCAGUGAAGGAGAGUGCCGGCUGCCCAACAGGCUCCCCAGGCAUGUUCUGGAAAGGUUCUCCAAGCAGCUGAAUAACAACGAACAGCAACUGCCUGGGAUAUUUCAGAGACAGCUGAAGAUUGGAGACGGCAGCGGGCUGUGGAACCGCUUCAGAUGUCCCAGGAGCCAGUCUCAAGAUGACAACUAUCGCCACAGCUGGGCUCUGCCUCCUCAGAUAGAGAAAAGCAGGAUUGAGGGGGAUCACAGCGUUCUCUUCACUGCCAAACAACUGCAAAACUGCCAGCUUAGAGAGCAAAGAGCUAAAACACUGAACUCUCUGCCUGAGCCAAGCCAGAAAGAUGUCAACCAAGACACUGGACUUCAAGAGCAAACACCAGUAAGUUUUCCUCUCUGGGGAAAAGCAAAGUCAUUUAACCUGGACCUUUUGAGCAGCAGAAAGCAGUCCUAUCAGGGUGAUGUGUGUGACAUGAGCCUUUCAGCCAGCAAAUUAAAGAGAGCCUCGCUACAGGAUGAGAGAUGCCUGAUAGAUAAGAUGGAAUGUCAAGGGAACACCCGGGGCCUGACAAACGAUGCUGACAAAACUGUCUCGCUGCCAAAACCUCUUUUAAGCGGUAAGAGUCAGCCUGUGAGAGCACUCGAGGAGAAUGUCAAAUCACAGAGAGAAGAGGCUAAUGACAUAGCGCCAUCAAGCAGAAGAGAGCAGCAGAAUAGGGGAAGCUUUGGUCAGACCGGCAGACACAACAAACUGCUGUUUGCAAGAGGGGAGAUGGAGUCCGGGAAGAUCCCAAGCCGCACACCGGGGUUCAUGGGCCUGAGGACCAGACUGCUGCGUCGAUUCACCGCACCAGAGUUCAUGAGGAUGGUGAUAGACUGUUCGUCUGGCUCCUCAAAUGGCCGAGGGCGGAUUUCCCGCUCCGAAACCUUCCCCCUCUCGCACACACAUCAGCAGGUCAACAGCCAGCCAAGCGUUGACAGCAUCAGCGGCGUGAAGUGUGAGUUUGAAAGCUGCUCAUCUCAGUCCGCCCUCGAUUAGAAUGUCAAGCAACAGAAACAGAGACAUUUUUACAGCACUUAAAAUUCUGGCAAUGCAGAUUAAUUGCUUCUAUUUAUCGAGAGAAAGAAUAACAUUUUGCUUAUGUUCAGUUCAUUAGUUUUUUCAACGUUCAUGAAUAAAAAAAGCUGCAUACAAUUUUGCUAAUCUAUAUUUGAAAUAAUUUAUAAAUGAACAUAUUAUCAGUCCAUCAGCCACUGAAAAUUAUUUUUGUUUUACGCAUAUAAAUAAGAUUUAUAUUGUAUGGAAUUAAAAGUAUUAGACAUUGUUUCUGUGUUUCUAAGAAAUAUUGUGCUGUAUAAUGCUUGAUAUAUGAUAAGAUAUUUACUGACUGUGCACUGUAUGAUUCACGCUGAAUACCUAAUAAAUACUUUAA